AUGGCAGACGUUCCACUCUCGAGGGUUGAGACGCUCCCCAUUCAGAACGAGCAAGCACAGUACUCAGUUCCGUACAGCGGAUACUACACGCCGCCGCCGUUCCAGACAUUCCAGAUCCCGAAGCAUCAUAAUUUGUCUUGGGAAUCGGCCCGCCACUCUAUCAGCUCCGCGUUCCGGGACAGUCCUUGGGGCGAAGGCAACACUCUGAAGAGCCCUCAUUGUGACGUUCGAGAAUCCAAGAAAGCCUACUACAUCGAUGUGGACUUACCGGGGCUCGAUUCAAAGGCGAGCGUGGUGCUCAAAUGGACCAACGCUACGACGCUCUUCAUCGAAGCCAUCACGAAACGCGCGCCGCUGCCGGACGGUGACGCGGAUGCCCAUCUCGUACACGCAGGGCGUCAUGUCGGAACGUACGCCCGUGCGUUCGAUUUCCCCGUUGGUGUCGAGCAGGACCAGACGAAAGCGAGGUUGGGCUACGGCGUUGUGAGGAUCACAGUGCCGAAGAAGGCGGUUGAGCAGAAGACAUUCAAGCAAGUGGACGUAGAGCAUGAGGGCCACUGA